AUGGCCAGUUCCUCGGACAGUGACGACGAUGGUUUCAUGGCCGUGGAUCCGGAAGACGCCGUGGUCGAAGGGACGAUGGAGCAAGACGAUGAGCCGCACGCUGAGCUGGAGGUCGAGGAGACCAGGCAUAACAGAUCAAUGUUGGAGCUCCCAGAAGAGGUUUUGGAAUAUAUCCUCUCCUUCCUCUCGCCGUAUCAGGAGCACAAAACUGCUGCCCUUGUCUGCAAACAGUGGUAUCGACUAAUCAAAGGUGUGGCCCACCAGUGUUACCACGGCUUUAUCAAAGCGGUGCAAGAAGGAAAUAUCCAGUGGGAGAGUCGCACUUACCCCUACCCCGGCACCCCCAUCACACAGCGCUUCUCGCACAGUGCGUGUUACUAUGACGCUAACCAGUCGAUGUACGUGUUCGGUGGGUGCACGCAGAGCAGCUGCAACGCCGCCUUCAACGACCUCUGGAGACUCGACCUCAAUAGCAAGGAGUGGAUCCGUCCCCUGGCAUCAGGAUCGUACCCCUCGCCCAAGGCUGGGGCCACGCUGGUGGUCUACAAGGACUUACUUGUGCUUUUUGGUGGGUGGACACGGCCAAGCCCUUACCCCCUGCACCAACCAGAGAGGUUCUUCGAUGAAAUCCAUACGUAUUCACCCUCCAAAAACUGGUGGAACUGCAUCGUGACCACCCACGGCCCCCCUCCCAUGGCAGGACAUUCCUCCUGCGUCAUCGAAGACAAAAUGAUCGUCUUCGGGGGCUCGCUGGGAUCUCGCCAAAUGAGCAACGACGUCUGGGUGCUGGAUCUCGAGCAGUGGGCUUGGUCCAAGCCCAACAUCUCCGGGCCCAGCCCUCACCCGCGCGGUGGCCAGUCUCAGAUUGUAAUAGACAACGAAACCAUUUUAAUCCUGGGUGGCUGCGGUGGUCCCAACGCACUCUUUAAAGACGCCUGGUUACUGCACAUGCACGCCAGCCCCAAAACGUGGCAGCCGCUCAAGGUGGAGAACGAAGAGCACGGAGCCCCGGAGCUGUGGUGCCAUCCUGCCUGCAGGGUGGGACAGUGCGUCGUGGUCUUCAGCCAAGCUCCCAGCGGGAGAGCCCCGCUGAGUCCCAGCUUGAACUCCCGCCCCUCUCCCAUCAGUGCCACGCCGCCCGCCCUGGUCCCCGAAACGCGGGAAUACCGCUCUCAGUCUCCCGUCAGGAACACGGACGAAGCUCCCUGCGUCAACGGCCGCUGGGGCACCCUGCGACCCAGAACGCAGCGGCAAACCCCCUCGGGAUCCCGGGAAGGCAGCCUCUCCCCGGCCAGAGGGGACAGUUCCCCUGUACUCAACGGUGGGAGUUUGUCACGUGCCUCCUUGGACAGCCCCGUGCAGGUCGUAUCUCCCAGCACUCCUUCCGCCGCCGAAGGAUACGACCUAAAAGUGGGGCUCGCCCUCGCCCCGCGCCGGGGAUCGCUGCCGGAGCAGAAAGACCUCCGUUUGGGAUCCGUCGACUUGAGCUGGGACCAGAAACCGGCUUCCAUCAUCUGCCAGCUGGAUGGCCCCAUCCCCCGCCGCUUGGGCCACCACCCUCCCCAGUCCCUCAACGUGGGGAAGCCUUUAUACCAGAGCAUGAACUGCAAACCCAUGCAGAUGUACGUGCUGGACAUUAAGGACACCAAGGAACAAGGACGAGUCAAAUGGAAAGUUUUCAACAGCAGCUCGGUGGUGGGGCCGCCCGAAACCAGUUUACACACGGUGGUACAAGGCAGAGGGGAGUUAAUCAUAUUCGGUGGCCUCAUGGACAAGAAACAAAACGUGAAAUAUUAUCCCAAAACAAAUGCCUUGUACUUCGUGCGAGCGAAAAGAUAA